AUGAAUGAUCGAAACGCAGUAAACAUCGUCCACGACGCGCGUCGUACCCUCAAUGUCCUUUCAAACGGAGGAAUUGCCAUCAUCCCAGCCAGCGUAGGCUAUGGCAUUGUGGCUACUGACCCCAUCGCCUUAGAUCGGAUCUUCACCACCAAACGGCGGAAACCACAUAAAAGACACGCAAUGAUCGGUAGUUACCUGCUUCAUGAUACUAUCCAUAUCCUCCCCCCUCAAGAAAAAGAUAUGGUCCGUUUACUGACCGUGGACUUGGAUUUGCCUUUGGGUGUGGUCGCUCCUUUUCGCAAUGAUCAUCCUAUCAUUCAAAGACUGGGCCCGGAUAUACUAUCUCAGUGCACAGUGGACGGAACAAUGUCUAUGCUAGUCAACGGUGGAAAGUUCCAAGAGGAGCUUUCACGGCUUGCGGCCGAGUCCGGGUUACCAUUAAUGGGCUCCUCUGCGAACCUGACCGGAAUGGGCACUAAGUGCGUCGUGGAGGACAUUGAGAAAGAGGUCCUUGAGGCGGCGGAUAUCAUCAUCGACUAUGGGCGGCAGCGUUUCAACCAUCCACGCCCAUCGUCUACAAUGGUCGACUUUCAGAAGAUGGAGGUGGUGCGCUUUGGCGCUUGCUACGAUGUCAUUCAAGAUGCGUUUCACCGAUUUUACGGCAUCACACUUCCUGAUGACCCUGGGAGGGAGGUUCUGCUCUCCGGUCAUCUCCGUGAGGAAAAUAGCGCCUACUAG